CCCAGUUCUCCCCCUUUCUGUGGCUUGGGCAGACCCACUGCUGAUCCAGACAGCAUUCUGGGCGUGGAGGAUUUGGGUAGGAUUAUGAAAUGCCUUACACCCAUUAGUAUUUCCCAACUGCAGUUCUGUUUCAGGAAACAGAAUAGAUUGGUGCAAAAGGAAGUAGCAACUGGGAAACUCUGUCUGACAGUGAGUAGUGGUUAGUGAAGGGUUUUGAGUGAAGGGGGGUCCCAUGCAGGAGAGUAAAGCUGCUCACAAGAGAAAACCACUGACAUCUUAAGGACACCCCAAAAGCUAAAGGAAUCGAGCUGCUUCCUUGGCAGGAAAAUAUUGCAGGCUAUUCAUCAUGCACAUCACUCAGCUGUUUGUGGUUAUCCUGCUCACAGGAUUGAAACUCUCUGAGGUAGUAGGUGACUGCUCCUUCAAUAAGUCCCAAAGUCACUGCACCUGCUCCCUUUUGGAUCUGGAAAAUGGGGGAAACCUCUUUCAGUGCUUACCUGCCUUUGUCUUCGAGCUUCGAGGAGGAAACUUGGAGAAAUAUGUAGGUUUUGCAUCAAACACAGUAAAGCAACCAGUGCUCGACAUUCUACAGACGCUGCAGGUGACCAAGAUUGUCUUUGGAGAUCUCCUUGUGCCAGAGGUUCUCUUGGCAGCCGUCAUGAAGCUCACUUACUACAUGCGCAUUACAGAUAUCGAGUUUGAAAGCUGCACUUUGCUUGGAAAUGCCAGCUGGUUCCAGAUGGACAGGUUGAUUCUACCUGUCUCCUCAUUACGCUUUCAUAACGUGACCUCCGCCUCCCUGGCUAACAGAGACAAAGACUUCACCCACCUGAGUAGGUGGCUGGAGACCCUGCAGAAUCUGACUGUGACACAGUCUCAGGUCACCUACAUUCCAUGCAGUAUUGGCAAGGUUUUCAGAACCUUACGCUAUCUGGAUGUGUCAGAAAACCACCUCCAGGACCAGAGCAUGAGGCCUUCAUUUUGCCAGGGGGCUUUCCCACAACUCCAAGUAUUAAAACUCCAUCGCAACAAUCUGAGCUCCUUCCACACCAUGUGUGAAAUGCUGCACCAUCUGGAGAAGCUCGUCCACUUAGACCUGAGUCAGAAUGACCUCCUGGCUAUCCCCUCCUCCUCAUGUCAGUGGCAGCCAUCCCUCCGUAUCCUCAACUUGUCCACCACGGGCUUAGAUCAUAUCACCCUGCCUCUGCCCCCCAAUGUUGAAGUAUUAGAUGUGAGUUCCAAUAACCUUCAUGCUCUAGACCUUGCACUCCCCUUCCUGAAGAAACUCCACCUGUCCAACAACAGGCUGCAUGCUGUCCCCUCAGCCAAGAACUAUCCUGCUUUAGAAGUCCUCAGUCUAGAUGGAAACCUGAUCUCGCACCUCCCAAGGGAUGAGCUGCAGUCUCUGAGACACCUGCAGAGCCUAAGGGCAGGUCGGAAUCUCUACAACUGUUCAUGUGGGGGUGCCAGUGAGAUCCAGGCCUUGGCGAGCAUGGAGUCCUUGAUGCCCGACUGGCCUCAGAACUACACAUUGCCAUUCCCCCAGCAGCAUGACUACUCUAUUUUUCCGGCCAAGCAGGAGGCAUGUGUGCGAGCGGCAGUGGGACUCCGACGCACAGCAGGCUCGGGGAAGCAGGAGAGUUUCCGGGUUGUGAAUGAAGACUCCAGCCGUCUGAUUUUCAUAGAUAAGGCAGACAAGGACAUUCAGGAGGGCUGCUUCACAUUCGAUGGCAUCUUUAGUCUGGAUACGGGGCAGGACGAGGUGUUCUUGGAGCUGGUGAGACCCCUGCUGGCCAUGGUGCCCCUCGGUUACAGCGUGUCCCUGCUGCUGUGGGAGGCCCAUUGCGCUGUCACCAAGCCGCAGCUUCAGGGCACUGGGCAGCACCACAGCAUCAUCCAGCAGGUGAUAGAAACCAUCUUCCAGGAUCCCAAGCUCCCAGGGGAUGGCAGGGAGCAACUGCAAACUGUCAGCUUUGUCCAGCUUUGUGCAGAUGGAAAUGUCCGGGACCUUCUCAGCCCCAGAAAUCAAGCCCUGCACGUGCUGGACGUCCCCCCGCUGGGUCUGAUGGUGGAAGAGGCAAGUGAAAUUGUUGUGUCCAACUCUACAGCUGCCUACAGCUUCUAUGUGAGGGGGCUGGAGGACAGUCCAGCACCGUCCCAAGGGUGUUCGCAGCAGUCCCAGGUGGAGCAGCACGCAACCAUGUGCGCCAGCCUGUUCACCCUCACCGUGGAGCAGGAGCUGGAGGGGUGCAGGCGCCAACGCUCGGCUGUCAGGAUUUUGGAGUUCCCCCGAGGGGCCGGGCCCUGUGUGGAGCCUCUCUCACCCCUGCUCCAAGCUCUGGCUCCUGGUGAGCUCCUGGACGAUGCAGGAUUCCUCCCUUGGAUUCUCAAGCGGGUGAUAGAAGGAAACAACCUCACGUUCCUGCUGCUGUGUUUGACCCUGCCAGAUGCCUCUGGAGAAGAGAUCCUGUCAGCCCUCUCACUGGCUGAGCAGGUGAGGGGACGGGCCAAGAAGGUCUCACCAACCCACUGGGAUCCUGCCAAAGCAGCUUGGAGGCAGAGGGCAGAGAUCCGAGAGCUGAGGGCCCAGCUCCUCUCCAGCAGCAGCCAUACAGUGCAGGAGAGUGUGAUCAGCCAGCUGAGAAGAGUGCUGAGGGACCUGCAGGUGCUGAAAAACCAGAGCUGGGAAAAAAAGAAAGAGACGUCGGAAGCAUUUGAAGGAAGUGGGAGCUGUCAUCCUGAAGCCAAGGGUCGAAUUCCAUUGUGGCCAGGCAGGGACGAUCAGCUUACAAACCAGGUGCUGACAGAAAUGCUGAGAAGCCAAGAGUUCCUGGACAGAGGCAACCCCAAGCCAGAUGGAGACGUCCCAGAUCUCCCUCCCUCUUUUCCUGCAGGGUUUGUUCCCCUCUGUAACGACAAAGGAGGCGAAGCUGCCACAAGUAGCCUCGGGUGGUUUGGCCGAAUCCCCCCGAGCAUGGGAGCAGUGACAGGGGAGAAGCCUUUGCAAAGUGGAGCCAGCAGAACACAGGAACCAACCGGCACUGCUAGUGUGACCGGCACGGUGGGGAGCUGGGCCUCUCAGCAGCACCCAACUCUGGAGCUGCAGUUUGCAGUGGCCAAGGCCAGGAGGCAGCGUCUGCGAGAGCAGCACCAGCAGCUCAUCCAGCAGGAACUGCUGAAGCUGGAGGAGGAGCUAGCAGGGAACCAGGAGCUCCCUCCUGCCCCGCGGGAUGCCUGGUGCUGGCCCAAGGAGAAGGCAGUGCUGGCCCUGCAGCUGGAAGCUCUGCGGAGGGAAUGGGCUGAGGCAGAGAAGGACCUGGAGGCACUGUACCAGCAGCACAGAUGGGAAGCGGAGGCUCAGAAACAACAUGUGCUACAGGUGUUUCGGGCCUAUCGGGGUCUCUCAGAGGAGCAGACUGAUGCACUGGAUCGACGGUACCGGAAGCUGUUGCAGGAGGCCCUCCAGGACGCCAUCUCCCUGUCUGCGCAGAACCAGCAGCUCCGGGCACACAGCCAGCUGGGCUGCACUGAUUGCGCCACGCAGACAGACCCGCACUCCUGAGCAGUGA